GUGUAAUCCUUCUCCUAUAUAUGGCGUUGUAAUCGUCCGUAUCGUGUUUACCGUUUCGGCGAAUUAGUUUACAGAAUCUCCAAGUUCUUGCGCUAUUCUUGCCUGAGAAGUUAUGGCUCGUACGAAGCAAACUGCGCGUAAAUCGACGGGAGGGAAGGCCCCGAGGAAACAGCUCGCGACCAAGGCUGCGAGGAAAUCUGCUCCGACCACUGGAGGAGUCAAGAAGCCUCACCGUUACCGUCCCGGAACCGUCGCUCUUCGUGAAAUUCGCAAGUACCAGAAGAGCACAGAGCUGUUGAUACGCAAACUGCCGUUUCAGCGUCUUGUCCGUGAAAUUGCCCAGGAUUUCAAGACAGAUCUGAGGUUCCAGAGCCACGCAGUGUUGGCACUUCAGGAAGCGGCGGAAGCAUAUCUGGUGGGUCUGUUCGAAGACACCAACCUCUGCGCCAUUCAUGCGAAGAGGGUCACAAUCAUGCCCAAAGACAUCCAACUGGCUCGGCGGAUUCGUGGAGAGCGUGCUUGAUUCACACCCACCGCCUAUAGUUCUCUUUGUGUUGGUUUGAUUGACGAUGGAUUAGCUUGAUUUUAAAAAAGAUCAUCUUUUAGUUUGUAUGAUAAUAUCUCUAGCUCUUUCAUCUCUCACUGGACAUCUCGUCGUCUGUUCUCUAGCUAAGCUGUCUUCUGUUUUUGUUGGAUAUCUGAUAACCUGAUGCGGUGGUAUAUGAUGUCAUAUGCUUUGUUGAUGUACGAUCAUGAUCUUUUCCCUCUCGGAUA